CUCACUCCUGCAUCAUCCCGAUCCCCCGGGAGUUCAUCUCUCUCCGCUUGCACCAUCUGCUCACGUGACUCCCACAAUGCUGCUCAGCAUCACAGCAGCCAUCUUGGUCAACACCCACUCAUUUGCAGCGCACACAGCCAAUCCUGUCAGCUUGAGUGGGGGCUGUGCAGAGCGAGACAGAGACGGAGAGAGAAAGAGGGAGAGUUGUGAUUGUUACUCCAUCACUGAGCAUCUCAAUCCUCUUGUCCUGCCAAACGAGAUCAGAAAGCAGCCUCUAUGCUUUGGAUUUUCUCCUGAUUCACUCAGGGAGGCAAGACGGGGCGCUUUGUUUAUUUUUUAUUUAUUUCUUUUUUAAAAAGAAGGCGCACAAGGAGAAAAGCAUCCUGUUUAGUACCACCGGCUGCUGUUUUCCUUUCACCGGUCUUAUCCCAUUGUUUCCUCUUCCCUCUAGCUUUCAAGGACUAUCGGUAGGAGGUUGUUUUCAUUCCUCUUUAAUCUGUAUUCUGCUCUGUAUUUGGGCCCUUGGGCGAAGGAGGCCAUCGUUGUUGUUGUUGUAGUCACUGGGCCUCACAGCUGAGUCACCAUGUCGGAUCUGACGCCGCAGAGCGAGGCGCCCACCCCAACCACAGACAAGAUAACGCAGGCUGCCCGUGAGACCAUCUACCUGUGCAACUUCCGCGUGUCUGUGGACGGCGAGUGGCUGUGUCUGCGUGAACUCAAUGACAUCUCGCUCACUCCCGAGCCUGAGCCAGCGCAUGAAGACUCAUGGGAAGAUUUCACAGAAUUGGUGGAACAAAUGCAAAUGCUUGAUGAGUUCACAGAUCCCAAGGACCCCAUCGCCAUCGAGAGGCUUAACCUGAUGAACAUGGCCAAGCUGAGCAUCAAGGGUCUGAUUGAAUCAGCUCUCAACCUGGGCCGCACUCUGGACUCGGACUAUGCCCCGCUGCAGCAGUUCUUCGUCGUGAUGGAACACUGCCUGAAACAUGGACUCAAAAGCAAGAAGACGUUCCUUGGUCAGAACAAGUCUUUCUGGGGUCCUUUGGAGCUUGUGGAGAAGUUGACUCCGGAAGCUGGUGAAAUCACAGCUAGUGUCAAAGACCUUCCCGGCCUCAAAACUCCUUUAGGAAGAGGCAGAGCAUGGCUGAGACUGGCCCUCAUGCAAAAGAAGCUCUCUGACUACAUGAAGACCAUCAUUAACAGAAAGGAUCUGUUAAGUGAGUUCUACGAACCCAAUGCUCUGAUGAUGGAGGAAGAGGGAGCAGUAAUUGCUGGACUGUUGGUGGGACUCAAUGUCAUUGAUGCAAAUUUGUGUAUGAAGGGAGAAGACUUGGACUCUCAGGUUGGCGUGAUAGAUUUUUCCAUGUAUCUAAAAGAUGGAGGUCACAGCAGCAAGAGCACAGAGGGUGAUGGACAAAUCACAGCAAUCCUUGACCAGAAAAAUUAUGUAGAGGAGCUCAACAGACAUUUAAGUGCUUCUGUGAAUAACCUACAAGCCAAAGUGGAUGCCCUUGAAAAGUCCAACACAAAACUUACAGAGGAGCUUGCAGUUGCAAACAACAGAAUCAUCACUUUGCAAGAAGAGGUAGAGAGGAUGAAGGAGGAAAGCUCUUACCUUGUGGAGUCUAAUCGCAAGGCAUUGAGACCAGAUGGAGCAGCAGAUGGCCAAGUACUUGGAGAAACUCGAAAGCAGCUCAAAGAGGAAACUCAACUCAGACUGGAUGUGGAGAAAGAGAUGGAGGUCCAGAUUGGGAUGAGACAGGAGAUGGAACUGUCUAUGAAGAUGCUGGAGAAGGACAUUUGUGAGAAGCAUGAUGCGCUGGUGGAGCUCAGACAUCAGCUAGAUGAUCUGCGCAGAAUCAACCAUGAGCUGUCCCAAAAGACCCAGAGCUCAGAGACCAGUGUGAAACAGAAGAGUGAGAUUGUCAGUCGCUUGGAAGAGAAAACAAACCAGAUGGCCGCCACUAUUAAACAACUGGAGCACAGAUCUAAACAGGCAGAGAAGCAGAGGGACCUGGCCGAGGAGGCGAACAGACUCUUCAAGCAGGAGUUUGGAGACAAAAUUGCGAGUCUGCAGCAAGAAGUGGAGCAUUUACUAAAGCAGAGAAACAGUUUGGAGCAGGAGCUGAGGAAGGAGCGAGGAAAGCGAGGUAGUCAGCAUUCAGAUACCCUGCUGGGAAAAACCCCUCCGAACAGAGACAUGUGGCAACAAGUGGAGGACAUGAGAAAGGAGCUGGAUGUGGUUAAAAAAGAGAACGACACACUUCGAAAUGUGUUGGAAGAGAAAUCAAGUCUUAGUUCGAACAUGUCACAUGAAGACGAGCAGAACCAGGAACCACUUGAUGAAGAGCCAGAGCUGUCUCCCUGCACAAAGUGCAAAGGUUCAGAUGCUUUAAGCAGUUCUAAGGAGUGUAAGAACUGUAAAGAAGUGUUCUGCAAGAACUGCAUGCUCAACGAAAUUCCCCUGCCAUCGUCCAUCACCCCAGAACGUGUGUGUGACGUGUGCUACUCCCAGCUUCUGCAGCAGUACGCCUCAAACCCAUCCUGAGUCACUUACAUUCAUCUCAGUAAAGAAUAUCCAAAACUGGAACACACUCCAUUUCAUUCAUGUUUACGCUUUUAAUCAUCAGCAGACACGCAGCAGGGGUUUCUGUUUAGGUAUUGCUUUUCUGAAAAGGGAUUAUUUAUCUUACUUAAGUCUUACAUUAUUUGCAUCAAAUUUCAGCAUCAUGUCUGUAGAUGAGUGGUGUCCACCAAGUGGACUUGUGCAGUACUACUUGAAUUGUUCAUGAAAUCAGCUGUAUGAUUUAGAUUUGUUUUCUUUAGUGAUUAUGCAGCACAUAGAAAGAGAUCUACAAAUGAUUUCAGGGGGUGAGUGAGAAGAUGUGCAAAUGAUUUUAAUUAUUUUAGAAAGCAAAUAUUUUAGAAAUCAUUUUGUACAUUUGACAGAUAUACACGAGUUUUAACAGAAUGGAGCCAAAGCUUUUUUAAAAGCAAAAUUACGCUUUCAAACACGCAUAAUCAUCUCUUUACACAUUUAUCAAGCUGGUGAAAAUUCACUUACACUGACAGAAUGUAAUAAACGGUUUGCGACCCCUUUGUGUUUUUUCUCAGCUCUUAUCAGCUCAAUAAAGAUUUACUAUACGUCCAAAAA